AGAAUAACAACUUUCUGAACUGACAAAAAAUAUUGAACUUGAUGUACCUGCAGGUCUGGAUCGGUGAUCUGAAACAUCAAGAUGCGUGAAAUGAAUUGAUCACCGAGAUAAUAGACACUAUUCUUUUCUUUCGGGGUAAAAAACAUGACAUCAUGGUUUUUUCCCAGGAUAACACACGAUUGCUAAGAAAGACCUUGUCCUGGAUCCAACAAAUCACUGCUUUCGCUUCUGGAAUAUGUGGGAGAUAGAGGAGAAGGAGGGGUGAGGUUAGUGCAUGCUUUGGAUUAGACGGAUUUUAUUGUGCGUCUGUGCUCACUGAGGCGAGCGCAGGAGAACCGUCUGCAAAAGUUUUCCCCACUCAGACAUAAAGCACAAUGGCCAAAUAUAAGCCCUGGCUGACGGGAUGUUGCAUUCUUCUUGCUGUAAUUUGCGCCGUCGCUCUUGUGAGUCUUUGCAUCGCCACGCUUCUUGAUGCGGGCUGCUCCAGCGGCAGCUUCAGACAUGCGGCAGUGGCUGCAGACUCGCAACUUUGCUCCGAGAUUGGCAAGAACAUGCUUCAGCAGGGCGGCUCAGCAGUAGAUGGCGCCAUUGCAGCUCUCCUGUGCACAUCUGUGGUCAAUCCUCAGAGCAUGGGAAUUGGAGGAGGCUCUAUUGUGGUUGUUAGAAAUAAAACAGGUAAUGUUAAGGUCUACAACUUCAGAGAGACGGUCCCACUGGAAGUCAAAGCCAACCUGUUAAAUGACUGUCCCACAGAAUUAAGCCUGUCCACAGGUAGUCAGUGGAUUGGUGUUCCCGGAGAGCUGCGGGGCUACGAGGCCCUCCACAGACAGUAUGGGAGGCUGUCCUGGGCUAAGUUGUUUGAGCCAACCAUUAAGCUGGCCAGGGAAGGGAUCCCCAUGCCACCAUACCUGGCAUACAUUAUGAGCUCCAUCUUUGUAAAACAGCAUGUGGAAAAGUCAUCACUGUGUGAAGUCCUCUGCAAUAAGAACAAAACAGUCCUAAGCAAAGACGACACCCUGCAGUUUUCUAAACUUGCAGAAACCCUGGAAACAAUUGCAGAGCAAGGGGUAGAAGCCUUUUACACCGGCAGGAUUGGACUUGACUUAAUCCAAGACAUAAAAGAUGCAGGUGGAACAUUAACAAUGGAUGAUCUGAGGUCUUACAAAGCGCUGGUUGGCAGUCCAUGGACGGUUUCUCUGGGAACUCAUCAGAUGCACAUUGCUCCACCACCUGCUGGGGGAGCGCUGCUAGCUUUCAUUCUCAGAAUUAUGCAAGGGUUCUCGCUGAGUUCAGACUCUCUGGUUGGUAAAAAGAAGAUUCAGAUGUACCAUCAUUACAUAGAGGCAGCUAAAUUUGCAAAUGGACAAAAGUGGAACAUUGCAGAUCCUGUCUUCAGUAACAGCAAGAUUGCUGAUCACUUGAUUCAACCUUCUUUUACUGAUUAUACCAGGAGGAAGAUAUCAAGUCGCACCCAUAAUAACUCCUAUUACUUUAACAUCAAGCCUCCGUUUGAUCAUUUUGGAACAACUCAUGUUUCUGUCCUGGAUGAGGACGGACUUGCAGUCUCAGCCACCAGCACCAUAAACCAGCUGUUUGGAGGAGCAGUUUACUCUCCGCGAACGGGAAUCAUCCUCAAUAACGAGCUUGCCGACUUUUGUGGAAGAGUAGCUUUAAUAAGGCCAGGUGAAAGGCCGCCCUCCUCAAUGACUCCUGUUAUACUAGAGAAAAGAUCUGGAGGGAUCCUUGUGAUGGGCGGAUCAGGAGGAAGUCUGAUCACCACCUCAGUGGCCUUGUCCCUAAUAAACCACCUGUGGCUGGGGAUGAGCUUAAAAGAGUCUAUUGCUGCUCCUAUAAUCUUUGUCGACUCAAAUAACGCUGUGAAUUUUGAACCAGGAUUUGAUGAGGUUGUGAAAGAUGGCCUUAGAGCUCUUGGACACCAAGCUGGGAAUUGGAAAUUCUUUUUAAACGUGGUCAAUGCCUUGGAAAAGGAGAAUGGUUGCAUAGAGGCUGUGUCGGACAGCAGGAAGAAGGGAAUGUCAGCUGGAUAUUGAUCAUCAAGAUCAUGUGUAGCUUUGCAGAAACAUAUUUUCUUGGAAUAACUGAACCUUUGGGCCAUUGAAAUUGUGCAGCUCUGAAAAACCGAAUGUGAAUGAUUUUUUUCUUAACUGUGUGCAUUUUGGAAAGAAACUUCAAUUGUUUUGUGACAGGCACACUGUCAAUAGUGUAUUAUCACACUAUAUAAAAGUAAAUUAAAAAAAAUGAUGGAGUUAAGUGUUGUCACCCACUGCCAUCAGUAUAUUUCAGAUGUUUUCUGACCUACAGGGGUUGGACAAUGAAACUCAAACACCGGGUUUUAGACCACAAUAAUUUAUUAGUAUGGUGUAGGGCCUCCUUUUGCGGCCAAUACAGCGUCAAUUCAUCUUG